AUGGCACCUACGUCUCCUCAUCGUUCUCCUCCGCGAGUCGAUCAACCUGACUCUAAUCAGAUGCUGAAUGCGGUGCUCCAAGCGUUGCAACAACAGAAUGCUACGUUGAUUCAACAGAAUACCUUUGCAUUGCAAAAUCUUGAAGCCGCAAGGGUAUCGGCAGAGAAUGCGAGAAUGUCUUCCGAAAACACUCAGAGGGAGUUGAUGGAAUUUAUGACUAAUGCUAGGACUCCUCCAAGUGUUUCUUCCGUUGCUAUUCUUGCGCAAGAGUGGAGUUUGGAGAGUUUCCUGCAACAUCGCCCAGCGAGAUUCACUGGCAAGUGCAAGCCUGAUGAAGCUGAUCACUGGUUUGGAGACAUAGAGAGGAUAUUCGAAGCCAAGGGGUGUCCUGAUGAAAAGAAGUUAGCCUAUACUCAAUAUCUGCUUACCGGGGAAGCUGGCCAUUGGUGGAAUAACAUGAAGAUGAUCCUUGAAAGGAGUGGGACUCCUAUUACUUGGGAGUUGUUUAAGACCAAAUUUUACACUGAGUACUUCCUAGACAGUGUGAGAUUUGCAAAGGAAGUGGAAUUCCUAGAGCUGGUGCAAGGUAACAGAUCGGUGUCGGAAUAUGCAAACCGCUUCCAACAUUUGCUUCGUUUCAACACUAUGGCAGUAGAUGAAGAGUGGCAGUGCAGAAAAUUUGAGAAUGGCUUGAGGAAGGAUAUCAAGUUGCUGGUAAAAGGGUUACGCAUCAGAGAGUUCCCUACAUUGGUGGAGAUGUCUCGUGAUCUAGAGAAGACAAAGAGUGAAUCUGAGGGACAGCAGAAUCAACCUACUAGGAAUGGGGGACCACCUGGAUCUCGUGGUGGAAUUAGCAUUAAGAAGACGCCUUACGCUAGACCAUCCUUCUCUUCUGGGUCUAAGGGUCCAUCCUAUCAACCAACUGUGCAGUCAGGACCAGCUGGACCAUCUGGUACUGUUAAAUGCUUUAAAUGUGGAGGACCUCAUUAUCGAAGCGACUGCCCUCUUAGAAAAAGAGCAGUGAAGUGUUUCAAGUGCGGAAAAGAGGGACACUUUGCUGAUGAGUGUACUUCUGCAAUAGGAUCAGGGUCUCAAGCACCGAGGACUGGUUUGCCUCCACCCAGGGAAGGUGGCAGAACUCCGACGACGGGCAGAGUGUACGCCUUGGUGGGAUCAGAAGCAGUCAGCUCAGGUAACAUCCUCAUCUGUGAUUGUUUAUUUCUUGGUGUGCUUUGUGUUGUGUUUUUUGAUUUGGGGGCAACACACUCCUUCAUGGUGAAGGCACGUGUUGAAAAGUUUGGUAUGUCUGUAGAAGAGUUAGACGUUGAUCUGUUGGUGUCUACACCAACAUCAGGAUUAAUUGGGACGUCUUUGUGUGUGUCCGUUAUCCGAUUGUCGUAG